AUCAAACUGGAUGUCACCGAUUGACGGAAUGGCAAUAGUCGUUUCAAUAUACAUCGCAAUAACCCAACUAACAACGAUAAAAGUAGCAGCAAGAGAGGUGCCCUUCUCAAAGUACCGCGACCUCCUGACCAGAAACUACUCAAAAAGAUGGCUGCUCCAUAUGUCGGAACGGCAGUCCUCCACCAACCCCUAUUGUAACAUAUGCUGCCUGAACAUAACCACCAACGGAAUCCUGAAAGACUGCGGCUAUCACACUCUCUGCAUUUACAAGAAAGACGAAACUCGUCCUCAUUGCAGAGGAUUCAUGGCCGUUAAAUUCACGGAAGGCGAGAAAUAUAUGAUUUUGGACGCACACAAUACAGUUAGGAACAAGGUGGCUUCGGGCAGUGAGAAAAGAGGUGCCAAUGGGUCCCAACCUAGCGCGGCUAACAUGAGGAGGCUCGAAUGGGAUAACGAAUUGGCCUCAAUAGCACAGAGAUGGGUGGCGCAAUGUAGUCCAAUGCCAGACAGGUGCAGGGACGUCGAGAGGUUCCCGGUUGGGCAGAACAUAGCUUUUGAUUACGCUUCCAAAAGCAACCAUCUCAGUUUCAUACUCAACUGGUCCGACAAAGUGAAUUUAGUGAACAAAGCCACCCUAUCAGCCUUCUCUCCCACCCUACACUCGGACGUGAGGGAGUACACGCAGCUCGUGUGGGCCGAGUCGUACAAGGUGGGCUGCGCACGCGCAGUCUUCCAGUCAGAUUGGGGACCGGACGUGGUAUACAAGGAAAUGCUGGUGUGCAACUACGGCCCAUCCGGGAACAUACCCGGACAGCCCGUUUACAUCAGGGGAAGCCCCUGUAGCGCAUGCUACGUCGGUACAAAAUGCGAAGCGGAGUAUCCGUCAUUGUGCGGCAGAUCUGGCACUAAUGAAAUCGCAGAAAUCACCCGAAAACCCGAUUCAGACACGAGAGACAUCAAGAAGACGACCGCGGAUGAAGAUACAUGUGCAUUAGAUUCAAAUAAGAAUUACAACGGCGAAGUAUUGAAAUUUAAUUUUGCAUACAAAACUUAUACAUUGUUGUUGCCUAUAGGUAUAUUAUAUGAUUACUGUAUAUACUGAGAUGUAUCUAGUUUCAUUGGCUAGAAUGAAUAGAACAUAAUUUAUAGUUUUAAGCUGUAACGAAUUAUAUCAAACGACUGAUUUCAGUCAUUAUACUCAAAUAUAAAUUAUAC